AUGGCUUGGCAGUCCCCGUCAGCCAUGGCUGGGGUCGGAGGAAUGCCCGGGGCGAUGGGCGAUGGGCCUUCCAAUGGCGGACACCCGCAGGGCACAGAAUACACGUUGCAAGGUGUGAUGCGGUUUCUGCAGACAGAAUGGCAUCGGCACGAGCGCGACCGCAACGCGUGGGAAAUCGAGCGCGCAGAGAUGAAGUCUCGCAUCGGUCGGUUAGAAGGUGACCUUCGGACGAGCAAGCGCCUACACGAGUCUCUCAGCAAGCACGUUCGCUUGCUGGAGACGGCGCUGAAGAAAGAGAGGGAGAAGACAAAGAAGCUAUCCAACAACGAGAAAAUCGAGCUCCCUAAAGACUCGAAGGAGAUUGCGCGCGAGAGUGUGCAAUUCUUGAAAGAACAACGCUCCAAGCCAACUCCAGACCUUGGCGCGGACCAAGACGAUGAGCGCCCCGACCAGUUCGAAUUCCGCCAGGACGACGAGCGCGAAAAAUCACGGGUCUACCUGUCCAAAUGCGCACAGGAGGUCGCCUACCAUGUUAUUCCCACAUCCCACCCAGCCCCUGACAUGAGUGACCCCGACCUUUCCAGCCAUCUGUAUGGAAACCAGCACCUCUCCCAACAGAACCUGGAGGAAGCGUACCUUCAGCAACAACGACAAAAGGCAAAUCAUGUCAUGGCGCGCGAGGUGGCGCUUCAGAACCACCAGGCCGGGGGCUCGCACUACGCUGAGAACGCAGCCAUGUCUCGCGCCGACAACCAGUAUGGGAACCCGUCCAUUCCCCACGAAGCACUGGAGCGACGUCCUUUGGAACCGCAGCAGACGCCUGUUACCGCGAUCGACAACCGGAGGCAGACAUACGAACAAGGCUUGGUUGACGAUCGUGGCAUGGAACCCAAUGCUCAAGGAUCUCACGUGGUGGUAAAGGAGGGCAAUGAGCGGAUGGAAGACAUGGAUGGGUGGAAUUUUGACGACGCGGUGGAACAUGAACCGACAAACGAGUCCAUUCCUCCCCAUCGUCCUGAUACGGACGCAUUCCCAAACGCCAACUUUGUUCGUACCAAGUCGCCCCCGAGAAGCGGCUCGUUGUCCCACCGGCGGAAGAGCUCUGGUGCCCGGCGGAAGAGUGACGGCACCGUUGACGCUGGCGCAACAUUCGGACAGCAACAAGAUACAAACUUUAAGGUUCGAUUCGCCCUCCGUGGUCACCUCGAUGUCAUUCGCUCUGUAAUUUUUACGGGCGGCGGCAGCCCAUCGGAGCCCGAGAUCUGCACGUGCAGUGACGACGGAUCGAUCAAGCGAUGGAUCAUCCCGGCCACCUACGGUGGGUUCGGAGCGCAUGGCCCCAAUUCCAGCAACGAUCUCGACAUCACUAGCUAUUUUACGCACCGCGGCCAUGUGGGCGCCGUGACCUCGCUCGCGGCCUGCUCUCCGUCGCAGAAUAUUUCCAACGGCGGCCGUAUCUUCGGCGACGGAUGGGUGUUCUCUGGUGGUCAAGAUGCCAGCGUGCGCGUGUGGGAACGUGGUCGAGUUGACCCCAAGGCUACCUUGGACGGACAUACAGACGCGGUGUGGGGGCUCUGUGUCCUCCCGGGGACUGCGGGCUCUGUCUUUGGAGACGCUUGCAGCCAUUACGGUGGACCGGACCGCAUCCUGCUGGCAUCCGGUGCUGCUGAUGGCCGCAUUCUAAUCUGGGCUGUCAGUGCCCCUCCUCAGCUCUCUUCACCACAGGCGGGGUCGCGUCGCCAGGGUGGAAGCCGGCGUGCAAACUCGAUCUCCUCUGGAUCCAACUUCCCAUCUUCUCCGCAACCCAGCGUCGCCACCGCGACGCCCUUCAACUACACCCUUGUUCACCACAUCGUUCGCAGCGACUCGCCUUCUCCAACUUGCAUCAGCCCCCUGUCUCUUGCCGGGGUUAACUUUGUUGUUUCCUUCUCGGAUGCUUCCAUUCUCGUCUACGAUACACGGACGGGCGAGGAAAUUGCGGGCAUGGCCAGCCUUGAAACAUACGAUGGCACGCCCUCAACUGGAGUCAACUCCGUGGUCGCUACAACUGUUGGCUUCGACGGUUCGGCCAACCUGGACCCAAGCCGGAAUAUGGCGGAGGAGGAAGUGGUUCACGGUGCUACCGGUUCCAGUAGUGUGGAGGGUGUGAUUAUCAGUGGUUACGAGGACCGGUACAUUCGUUUCUUUGAUGCUAAUAGCGGUCAAUGCACGUACACCAUGCUGGCCCAUCCCGCUGCGAUUGCGUCCCUAUCAUUGUCUCCGGAUGGACGUGAACUCGUUUCGGCCGGCCACGACGCAAGCUUGCGGUUCUGGAACCUCGAGAAGCGCAGCUGCACACAGGAACUGACCAGUCACCGGUUGAUGCGCGGUGAGGGCGUCUGUGCCGUCGUCUGGAGCCGCGAUGGUCGCUGGGUCGUCAGCGGCGGCGGCGAUGGCGUGGUCAAGGUCUUUUCGAGGUGA